UCUCUUUUUCGCCCCGGCCAAAAAAGCAAAGCAGAACCACCUCCCUCCCUUUCCCCGAUCGAGCCCGACGCUUGUGGCCCGCUCGCUCCCCUUCUCCCUCCCUGACUCCACCCGAAUCCACUCCCCCAGCACCCAAGAAACCCUCCGCCGUCCGCCCCACCCACCGAUCCCGCGCCGGCGAGGGACGAGGAGGCGAGGGAGCCGAGCCCGUUCCGUCGGCGAUGUUCGCGAGCAGGCCGGCGGUGCACCCGGUGGAGGCGCCGCCGCCGACGGAUCCGGUGGGGCAGCCCACGGGCGUGCUCAUGAAGGACCUGCCGGGGAUGCCCGGCACCGCGGGGGGCCUCGGCCUCCGCGUCGCGCAGUUCGCCUUCGCCGCCGUCGCGCUCGCCGUCAUGGCUUCCACCAACGACUUCCCCUCCGUCACCGCCUUCUGCUAUCUUGUUGCAGCAACCAUACUUCAAUGCCUGUGGAGCUUUUCACUUGCCAUCGUGGAUGUCUAUGCAUUGCUUGUUAAGCGUUGCUUACGGAACCGUCGUGCUGUUUGUCUUUUUGCUAUCGGAGAUGGGAUCACGGCAGCACUGACCUUCGGUGCAGCAUGCUCGUCAGCAGGCAUCACCGUCUUAAUCGAUAAUGAUCUGAACAUAUGUGGCGAAAACCACUGUGGGAGUUUCGAGACCGCGACGGCGAUGGCAUUCAUGAGCUGGUUUGCUCUUACGCCUUCCUUUCUGCUGAACUUCUGGUCAAUGGCUUCUCGAUGAAAACAAGGAGGAGGAUAUAGCCUGACUUCUGAACGGUUUUGCACACGCAAUCAUGGUUUAGUGACAAGUGGGAUAGAGUGGCACAGCUAGUAUCAAGAUCCGAAGCUGAUGUAUGCCUCUAAAAACACACGUAUCUACUAGUAUUACAAGUCUGUAAAAAGGGAAUAGGUAAUGGCUUGUCUUGAACAUGUGUUGCACUGGAACUCUAGAAUUGUUUUGACCCAGGCACUGUAAAACGCUUGAUGUCAUGUCCUGAAUCAAAUUGGUUGAGUUUUGCCCUGAA